AUGAUUGUAGAAGAUACUCUGGAUGAAGUUUGGAAAAAAUUAGAAAUUUUUCAAAAAUACACCAGAUCGUACCUUUUUGGAAUUACAAGUACUAAUAGACAACAAUUAGAAAAAUAUCAACAAAAAUACACCAUAAUCCAAUUUUUACUUAAAUUACAAAAAAUAUACCCACCUAAAUAUAACUUUCAUGAAAAAGAAUUACGGACAUGGCAAGCAAUGUUUGUUGCAUAUGAAUGUACUAAUAUAACUUCUAUUUCAAAAAAUGAGUUAUCUAUAGAAUUUUGGAGUAAAGCAUUAAACCCUAGUGCUGACAAAGAAUUGCUACAAAACCUUCAUAAAAAUACAAUACGAUCAAAUAAAAGAGGAUCCGAUAGCAAAAUUCAUAUCCUUUCGAUGAUUGCUCUAAAAUUUAAAUACCAUGAACUUAUAGAAGAAUUACAA